AUGGCGGAUCAAGGCGGCGAGCAGGCGCAGCCACAGGCGACGGGAUACGCGCAGAUCCCGGCAGGCAUGAAGGACCUGCGCUGCUGCCGGACGUGCAAGCUCAUCAAGACGUACGACCAGUUCGAGGAGCAGGGGUGUGACAACUGCCAAUGGGACGGCAACGACGCGCCGGACUACACGACCGCCGAGUUCACGGGGAUGAUAUCGGUGAUCGAUCCGAGCAAGUCCUGGGCGGCCAAGUGGACGCACGUGAGCCGCAGGUUCCCGGGCUGCUACGCGGUGCAAAUCACGGAGGAUGCCGUCGAGGGGGAGGACGUCUACGAGUAA